AUGGCGCCGGGGCGCGGCCGGGGCGGGGCGAGGCCCCUCACCCCGCGGCACCGCGCGGGCCCGCGCCGCCGCCUGCGCUUCGGCCCACAGGGCAAGUCCAGUGGGAAAACCCUACCCAAAAUUGAAGAAGGUGUUGUUGCUAAAGUGGGCCCUUCAUCCCCUGAAAGCUGCCAAGGGAAGGUUCCAGAAGCGGCAGACUUGGAAAAAAAGGAAGAGAAAAUAGAAGAAAGCACCAAACCACAGCAGGAAUCCCUAAUAAACUUCUUUGAAAUCCAAGACAGAUUACAAGAUACUGAAGCGACUUCAAGUUCUGAUGUGACUCUUCCCACGGGUGUUUCAACUUAUGUUCUGCAGUGUUUAGAUUCAAUCAUAGAUCAUAGCACGGAUGUCACUGACAGCCUGAGCAGUUGCCCGUCCCCUGAAACAUUCAGAGAUGAUGUUGAAGUAAGCGAUGUUUGCGCUGAGAACUCUGGCAAGUACAAGAACUCUACUUUCUUAGACCCCAGCAAAGCAGUGAGCAUAGAUAGGAUGCCGCAGGUCUUGAAUGUUUCAGCAAUACCAGAAACUGUGCUGGAGGAUUUUCAAGUCCGAUACCCUGGGAGAAAGAGAGCAUCAAAAUCCAGUUACAGCUCUUCACAAUUAAGUGCUCCACCUACUCUGGCAGGAAUAAAAGUGCAUAAAAUUACAACUGCAAGAGAGAGAAGUCCAGACCUAAAAGCUGGUAUGCGCUGUCCUUCACCAUUAGGACCAAAGAGAAAGCCUGACAAUCAAACUGCUAAGCCUGAGGGAUCGAAGCGUAAGAAAAAAGUAAAGCAUUUAGAAGAAGGUCAAUCAUCGUUCAGUCCGGUUCCUGGUGCCCCAGGAAGCUCCUUGGUUGAAUCAGCGGGAAUGGCAGCAGAAAUGCCGUCAUUCAGACAGAGAGGUGCUCUGGAACAGGUGAGUCCCACCAAGCCAGUCGAGGAGGAAAAUAAAGCCCUAAAAGCUCCUGGUUCUACUCGGCUUUCAAAACUGGAACCGCUGUGUAGCAGAUUUCCCAUCUGCUCCAUUGUUAGAACUUCCCCAAAAUGGAAAUCUUCUGUGAUUCAAAUUCCAGUGAGGAGCAAAGCACCCUGCCUUCCCAAGGGAUUGCCUGAAGGUAAUGGAAUACAGAACAGCUUCACUGUGCGCACAGGAACUGGCUGUUUGAGUGUUUAG